AUGUUGUUUGUACUGUGUUUGACGGUAAUUUGUCGCACCGGAGAGGCGGCGGAUGAAAUUAUAACGACUUUGCCCGAAUACCUGUUACCGUGCAGUCGAAGCGAUCCGGAGUUAGACAACUGCAUCAAAGGGUCCUUCAACCAUCUGCGACCCUACCUGGCGCGGGGUCUCACUGACCUGGACGUGCCGCCAGUGGAACCGCUGCUGAUAGAUCGGCUGGUGAUGGAGAAUGCAGCCGGUGCUGUGCGGGUGACGGCAGCGUUCAGCAACAUCACGGUGGUCGGGCCCAGUAACUAUACUGUCACGAAAAUCAGAUCGGACCUGAAGAAGCUGCGUAUAGAUAUGGGACUAGUUCUUCCUCGGAUCGAAGUAACAGGCCGCUACGAGGUAACUGGUCAGGUCCUUCUAUUCCCGGUGCGGUCGCAGGGAGACUUUUGGGCAUCGUUCAGUGACGUGGCUGCUAUCGUCAAGAUCUUCGGAAAGGAGUUCCUUCGUCAAGAUACAAAGUUCAUGACAGCCGACCGCAUGUUAGUGGACUUUAAGCUGAGAGGCUCCAGGUUCAAAGUGCGGGACACCAUCAAUCAUGGCAGUAUCAUUGGUGAAGCGAUGAAUCAGUUCCUCAACAACAAUGCAGCGGAAAUUAUAGACGAGAUGCGACCGGCAGCAGCAGCAGCCAUCGGAAAACAUUUCAAAGUAUUCCUCAACGCGGCUUUCGAGAAAAUUCCUGUCGAUCUAUGGCUGCAACCGUGA